AUGUGUUGGCAGUUCAAGGACGUAUUCACUGGUUGCCCCGCCGAAUGCUCGAUAUGGAAGACCACUGAGAAGCAUCCUGCCUAUGGAGAAAAUUGCUCUUACUUCGCAGUUAUGAGACAGCAUUGCAAAAAACUAACUCAGGUCAUCCUUGCAGUAAAAGCAGAAAAGUGUCCGGGUCAUCGGCCUUUUGGCUGGUACUGUAAUCCGCAACAUGAAAAUUCUAGUUCGCAGGUACAAGCUUCGGGCAUGAAUCCGGAUCCUGGGGGGCCUACAGAAACCCCAAACUCGAACAGUAACCAGCUUCAGAUUAGAUCACACCAGAACCCUCAUUCUGCUCACCAACCCGCAACGCAGACGGAUUUUCGAGGUGGAUUGCGGUCUAAUCUGUCGCUUCGACAGCAAAGGGGUAUCUGGCACAAUCAAGCUUCGAAUUUGAUGUAUCCAGAUAACAAUGGAGUCCCACCCUUGGGGACAUAUGAUCGUUCCUCCCUGUCACCUGAACCGUCGGACCUGGUAGUAGUCUCGUCCUCAACAGGCCAGCAGACGAAUCGUCCACCGCAAAUUCCAGGGCAUGCGGAGGGUACGUUUACAAGCCACUGGUCAACAUCUAAUCAUCCAAAUCAAGGACGUUCAAGUCAGGAAAAUGUAAGUAAAUUUCAACAUAAUCCCUUCUACUUCGAGUAG